CGUUCACGAGGCGCAUGCUCGUACUUUAACAGCGAAUAGUAGCAAAGAGCGUGCAGGGAUCCAGCCAAAUGGUUUCCAGCGGGUCACAGAGACCAGUCAGUCAUCUGCGGCGGGGGUCCGGCGGGGAUUUAUUUUUUUUAUUUUCUGCAGACGCAUUCCAUUUUGCACGGGAGCACGCGGACGGAGAAAAGUCAUCUGUAUGAUCGGGCAGCAGGAGCGCGCAGUAUGGUCCGGGAAACCAGACAUCUAUGGGUGGGAAAUUUACCCGAAAACGUGCGAGAGGAGAAAAUCAUUGAGCACUUCAAGCGAUAUGGACGGGUGGAGAGUGUCAAGGUCCUCCCUAAGCGAGGAUCUGAAGGUGGAGUUGCAGCUUUUGUGGAUUUUGUGGACAUUAAAAGUGCUCAGAAGGCUCAUAAUGCUGUCAACAAGAUGGGAGAUAGAGACCUGCGUACUGAUUAUAAUGAACCAGGCACAAUUCCUAGUGCUGCCAGGGGGCUGGACGAUAGUCUGUCCCUAAGUUCUCGUGGCCGGGAUGUAUCAGGGUUCACAAGGGCGGCAGGGGGCACAGUAUAUGGGCCCCCCACGUCGCUCCACAGCAGAGAUGGACGCUAUGAACGCAGACUCGACGGGACUGCUGAAAGUCGGGAUCGGGCAUAUGAUCACAGCGCCUAUGGACAUCACGAACGUCCGGGUAGCAGCUUUGAUCGACAGCGGCACUAUGAAACGGACUAUUACCGGGAUACAAGAGAACGAACUGUAAGCACAGCUGGGAGUGUGUCUGGUACUUCCAGCGGAAGUGGUACGACAGUGCCCUCAGGAGUGGGUGGAGCUAUUGUCAGCUCUGUUGCUGGCAACGCAGGAACACCUGCAUCAGCGGGGUCCACGACGGGAGGAAAUGGAGGCUCUACAUCUAGCAGCGUUGGCUUCUACCGCUCACACAGCAGGAGCCCCUGUCGCUUUGAAAUGACAGAGCCACGUUAUGAGGCUCGUACCAGGGAACCUUUUACUUUGGCCAGUGUGGUUCACAGGGACCUUUACCGGGAGGAGAGGGGUCGACGCACAGAGCGAUCGUACCGCCACAGUCAGAGCCGGUCUCCACACUCGACACAUUCGAGAAACUCUCCACAGAGGCUGGCAAGUCAGGCUUCCCGUCCUUUGCGUUCGAACAGUGGGUCUGGAUCUCGUAGUCGUUCCUCCAGUUCAGAUUCUGUGAGCAGUACCAGCAGCAGUACCAGUGGCAGUGACUCCAGCAGCAGCUCAAGUGAUGACUCCCCUGCUCGCUCAGUGCAGUCCGCUGCUGUUCCUGCCCCAUCUGCACUUACUCUGUCCUCCCUUGAUAAGGAUGAACCACGUAAAAGCUUUGGCAUCAAGGUUCAAAAUCUUCCUGUGCGUUCUACAGAUACAAGUCUGAAAGAUGGUUUGUUCCAUGAAUUUAAGAAACAUGGAAAGGUCACAUCUGUACAAAUACAUGGUGCAUCAGAGGAGCGCUACGGACUUGUUUUUUUUCGCCAGCAAGAAGACCAAGAGAAAGCACUGGGGACAUCAAAGGGAAAGCUGUUUUUUGGUAUGCAAAUUGAAGUCACAGCGUGGAAUGGCCCUGAGACUGAAAGUGAGAAUGAGUUUCGGCCCUUGGAUGAGAGGAUAGAUGAGUUUCAUCCAAAAGCUACACGGACAUUAUUCAUUGGCAAUCUGGAGAAGACCACCACUUACCAUGAUCUGCUUAACAUUUUUCAGCGCUUUGGAGAAAUAGUGGACAUUGACAUUAAGAAGGUGAAUGGAGCCCCACAAUAUGCCUUUCUACAGUACUGUGACAUUGCCAGUGUUUGUAAAGCCAUAAAAAAGAUGGAUGGCGAGUACCUCGGUAAUAAUAGACUAAAGCUGGGUUUUGGGAAGAGUAUGCCAACGACUUGUGUUUGGUUGGAUGGAUUAGCAUCAAACACGACAGAGCAGUUUCUUACUCGUCAUUUCUGUCGAUAUGGGCACGUUGUCAAGGUUGUAUUUGAUAGACUCAAAGGAAUGGCCCUCAUUCUCUACAACAACAUUGAAUAUGCUCAGGCUGCUGUCAAAGACACAAAGGGCUGGAAGAUGGGGGGCAAUAAAAUCAAGGUGGACUUUGCCAAUCAGGAAAGUCAGAUGGCUUUCUAUCGGUCAAUGCAGGCAUCUGGCCAGGACAUUCGAGACUUUUAUGACAUUCUCUCCGAAAGACGGGAUGACCGACGAUCACAGUAUGACUUUCAAGCAGAAAGGCAAUAUUAUGAAAAUGUAAGAACACCUGGAGCAUAUAGUGAAGAUCCUCGUCGCAAAUACUCUGGCAGAGGUCGUGAGUUCUACGCUGACUGGGACCCAUACCAGGGAGAUUACUAUGAGCCACAAUACUUUGAUGACCCCCGGGAAUACAGAGAAUACAGAGCUGACCCAUACGAACAGGAUAUACGCAAAUAUAGCUAUUUGCAACGUGAGCGUGAAAGAGAGAGGGAACGCUUUGAAACUGAUCGUGGACGUGAUCACGGGAGGAGGACAAUUGAACGUAACCAAAGCCCAUCUCAUAUCACCUCACGCCGCCCUGCCAGCCCCACAGCUUCUCCUUCCCUUUCUGAAAGGAUCCCGAGUGAUUCAGAUCGGCGUAUUUGUUGUCGAUCUUCUGAAAGAAGUGGCAGCUGCAGUUCAGUCUCCCCACCCAGGUUUGAAAAACUUGAAAAGGCACGCACUGAAAGGUAUAAUAAAACUGACAAGAUUGAAAAGGACAGAGUUUUUGAAAAUGAAAGAGGCAAUUUGACUGAAAAGGAGAAAAGGGCUAGACGUAAAGAUCGAGGGGACAAGGAGAAAAGUGAAAAACAGAGGCUUAAAAAGCUCAAAGUGGCGUCACCUGUCAUCCAGGUAUGCGAGAUAGAAACCGAAAUUGAAAGAGAUGUCAGCCCUGACUCAGCCCUUCGAAAUAAGAAUAGCAAAAUGCACAAAGAAGGGUCAAGUAAAGGAAGGCUUGACCUUCUGCCUUGUGUGGUGCAGUUAACACGCGUGAGAGAAAAAGAAGGUAAAUUGAUUGGGCACUCUCUUCAAGAAAAACGAAUACCUCGAAGUGGUAGUGACAGCCCUAGAUUGGUAUCCCCAUCAACUGACCGAAAGAGUCCACCAUUUCGCUCAGAAACUUCAAAAGGUGAUUUGAAGCAUGUAAAGGUUCCCAGAGAGAAAAAUACACCCAGUGCAAUGGAUGUUACUGACGAUGUUAAAAGCAAAUCCAAAAAACAUGCAAAAUCUGAGUUGGGAUUUGAAAGUGGAAUUUCUGUGGAUAUCGAUCGUUUAGCUGCAAGGAAAAGGCGUUUUGAAGACUCUGGAAAAAUCGAUAGACAGAAGAGAACUAGUGAAGAAGAGACUGGCCGGUCUGGACUUCAUAAACAAUGGAACAACAUCAAGGAGACGGACCUGGAUAAGAGCAUUUUGCAUAAAAUGAAACACCACAACGAUAAAUGUAUUCGAAUAGUUUCAGUUACCAGCCCCAAAGAUGGACGAGACUGUGAAAACAAUGUUGUUGACUUUUCUGUUGGAGCGCUAAAUGAAUGUUCUACAGAUCAGAUACACUCUCUCUACCUCAAAGUGGAUUGUGAGGGCUCAAAAAGUGAAACCAGCUCAACUCUCACAAACAUGCCAGAUGAUGGCAGGCUUGACCUGAAUGAAUCUAAAGAACAGAAGAAGCACACUUUUUCUGAAAGGGAACAGAGCAGACGGAAGUACACGGACUCAGAUGAUAGUGAAGAACAGUUUGUGUCACACAUUGACAAGACGAACAUUGUGAUGAAAAAACCUCAGAGACUUUGGCUCCAGCCUAAGCUUGGUGAACGUCAUAAAUUACCCAUGUUUGAAAACAUGCAAAGUAGUGAAGCUGAUAACAUUGAAAAGGAUUGCAUCAUCCGUGAUGUUGGAAAAGUAGCUCGGGAUAUCACAAAUGACUUCCCUUCGUGUAAACGGAAGAAAUUGGACAUAUUUGACCUCGAAAUUGUUGGCACAAAACAAGAAUGCAACUUUAUAAGUGCUCAGAAGUUGAAUGUGGAUAGUUACGGGAGCAUUGCAUCCUCCCUGCAUCAUCCUGGGGACUUCUCUGCAAAUGAAGACGAAGAAACUGUUCAGGUUUCCCUGUCCACAGUGAAUAAAGACAGAAAAUACUCUCCAUCAACAGAAGACAAAUUUUCGCACGCUGCGUCUUUGAAAAAUAAUUUUGAUUUAACAGCACAACAUUUUCAGUCCCCCGACACAGAGCUCACAAAACUUAAGACAACAUUGCUUGCAUGUGAUGAGGCCAUAAUGCAGCGAUGGGAAAGAAGGAUCAACUCUGAUUCACUUAGAGUGGAAAUGACUUUUCCAAGUGGAAUAGUGAAAUGUAAAAACAUUCACAGACGUCUUGGGCAGGAUUUAGAGCCUGGUGAAGUACAGUCCGAUUCAGAUGAUGAUGGAGAGAACAAACGCAGUUCUCCAAAGACCAACAGUUCCUUGUCUUAUAUCCUCAGAGAACGUGAAGAAAGGAUGACAGACUUGAAGGUUUCAGGGUCACUGGAAAAGAAUAAGUUUUACUCUUUUGCAUUAGAUAAAACUAUUACUCCUGAUACAAAAGCACUUCUUGAAAGAGCAAAGACUUUAUAUUCAUCCCGUGAAGAUAACUGGUCCUUUCUUCCGUCACGCUUUCCAGCAUCCCACAUCUGUUCUGAUAAGGACAAGGUAGAACUAACGCCACGGCCGAUUCCUUCUUGGUACAUGAAAAAGAAAAAGAUUCGUACUGACUCUGAUGAAAAACUUCAUGAUAAAAAAGAGGAGCUUAAACCACAGGACCAAGAGCGCCAGGAACUGUUUGCUUCUCGUUUCUUGCACAGCUCAAUCUUUGAACAGGAUUCUCGGCGGUUGCAGCAUCUUGAACGGAAAGACAAAGACUUUGAAACAGCAGUUGGUAUGCCUUUGUCUAAGCCGGGCAUUAAUGAGACGCAGCCUGAAACUGGUGCAGGUGACAUUCCACAAGAGCCUAUAGUACUUUUUCAUAGUCGGUUUUUGGAGCUGCAGCAGCAAAAGGACAAAGACCAUCCUCCACAGGAUCCAGAAGAGGAUUCUGUGUUGGUGGAAUUUAAAUCUGAUGAUAUUCAGAAUUGUGAUAAUGUGCCACCUGAUAAGGUUUCUGAACCAGUACUAAAAUGCGAUGACAGAACUGUUAUCUCCACAUUAACACCGUCCCCUGCACCUUUAGUUCCUUCCUGUAAAGAUGUUUCUUCACCUGAAAAGAAAGAAGUUGUAGCUCCUUCACCAGAUCAGUCUGUGCCAUUUGUCAAAGAAGAGAAGAGUGAGAUUGAUCAUGAGGUGCCUUCAUCUCAAGCCCUACCUACACUACCUACAGAGGACUUGAGAUCAGUUACUCCUAAGCUAACUAUAAUCCCUUCAGCGGAACUUUCCAAACCAGACACUGAAACAGAAACGGAAACAAAAGUACAGUUAAUUGAACCCAAAUCAGUAACAGGACAUAGUUUGACAGUAGAACUACACACACUUGUGGAAGACAAGUCUCCCACUCCUGGUAGUUCCCCAAAUAGUUUUGAGAGAGAGGCUGCGGAAUUGACUUGCUCUGAUUAUCCGCAGAUUCCAGAAAAAUCAGAACUCGUUAAGACAGAAUCCAAAACAGAAAAUGAUGACACAACGCAUUUUGAGGAACCUCAAAAAACUGAGAUAAACAAUGACAUACCUAUGCCAGAGCUAGAAGCUGAAAUAAAACCUUUACAAAGUCGCAGACAGCCUAAGAGUAAAAGGGCCAAAUCAGCGUCUGUAGUACGCGCAUCACAGUCUUCCCAAAUUGUUGCCACUGAGAAACCAGCCACUCGAAAGAGUGAACGGAUUGACAAAGAGAAACUCAAGAGAGCCUCGUCUCCUCGAGCAGAAGUACUGAAAGUGUCGUGUGAGCCUAAAACCGCAUCCAAGUCACCAAUGCACGCAUCAGAUUCAGAACAAAUCCUCGAAUCGAGUCUAAUCCAUGGGAGGACACGUCGUAGGAAUGUCAGAUCUGUCUAUGCCACUCUGUAUGAAGGAGGUCAAGGAGCAAAAGAGGCAUUUGAAUCCUCACGCUCCAUGCGAAAACGAGGUAAUGAUAAAGAAACAAUACAACCAGAUAUUCAGCCUGCAUCUACCAUCACUAGGCGAGGACGCCCACCUAAGAGAGGAGCUAAACGGCGUGAGGAUUUAUCACUAGGGAUAAAAGGGGAACAGCAGAAAGUGAUUGAAGACAACAGUGCCACACAGACUCCAGUUAAUGUUGUGAAAACGUCACGAUCACCCCGUGCCCAGAAAGUGCAACAAACACAAGUGGCUGUAACGUCUGGAAUGUCUGCUAACAAGAGAGGAAGUAAAAUAGAUAAACAAAGUGGCACUGCGCUGCCUUCUGAACAGGCUGAUCUAGAAAGCCAUGAUGAGUCAGAGCUUCACAUUAAUUGUGAUUCCGAAAACACAAAUUCUGCAGUGCAGCGAAAAGAAAAAGACUCAAAAUAUUCUUGUGGAAAGAAAUCUGGUGAUGGGCAUACUGAAAUAACAGACAUCAGCUCCACAGAGAAGAGACAACAGCCUGAAAAGAACGUUAAAAUAAAAAUGGCAAGACUUAAAAGAAAUGCCAAACAGGCCAUUGAAGAUAAGUCACAUAGCUUGAAAAAUCUUGAGAUUCGCGUCAGCGUUGAUGAUGUGAAAGGUUUACUUCACUCAGAUGAGCAUGAAUCUGAGCCUUUUGAAGCUCUUAGCAUUUCGAAAACCAACACAAGUGUGGAAGGGAAUGAGGAGACAAAGAAAAUGAGAUUGUCCAAACAAGUAAAAGAGCCUGAUACACAGGAAGAUGAUGCUCUUUCAGAAUCUGAAUUCCCUGCUGAUCCAGCUGCUACUCUGUUGGCACGACAAAUGGAGUUGGAGCAGGCAGUUGAAAAUAUUGCCAAACUUACAGUUGAGCAACCUCCUCGACCUUUUAAAGAACCACCUUCUGAUGAAACUACUAUAUUGCCUCCUGUUAUCGUAGAACCAGAAGAUGAAGUUGAAGAAGAAAAGACAGCCAAUCCUGCAAGUGAAACUGAACUUGCGGCUGCUAUCGAUUCCAUUACAGCUGUAGAUGCAGAUGGAGAUGGAUUUGCAGCUCCUUCUACUUACACUGCUCUUAUCCCUACUCCUGAAGCCUUGAUAACUCCCUCCUCCAAUGUGAGUGUGGAACCUGAAACCAGCAGGGUGAUCAAUAAUAUUCUUUCAUCAGAUGUCGAUGUUGGUCCAUUACCCGCUAGUUCAAAAGUCUUAAUAACGGACUCUAAAGCAGCUGAGGGUCCUCUUUCACUUGAAACGCCUAAGAAAACAGGUAAAAUCCGAGCCAAGACACCAAAGAAGUCUAGAAGUCGUAAAGGUGCAUACAACAAGAAAGUAGACACUGCUGAUGAAGUUUCACAGCCUGAGCCCUCCCCAGUUAAGCUACCAGAUUCAAUCCCAGAAGAUCCAGAAGCAAUUAACUCAAAAGCAGUUACUGUUACAGCUGGUGCAACAGUGGCAGCCUCUGUGGUAACUGUUGUUGCAAGUUGUAGACGAGAUGCCAACAGUACUAUAACUGUAGACACACCCAAAGAGGCAGAACAUCCUGAAGUUGAACAGCCUGUACCCAAAGAAUCUGCCUUUCAUUCCGGCACAGGCAACAUCUACAGUUGUAAAAAGCAUCCCCCAGCAGUCAAGCCAUCCACCACUACCCUUGCCCCUGCAGUUGCCCACACACAGUCUGUAUCCCACUUUAGUGUACCUCUGAUGCAGAAUGCCAAAAUACCAGUUUCUCCUGACUGGUCUCCUAGAUCUGAAGAAACUAGAAUCUAUGUUGCUCCUCCAAGUAAAGUUACAGUGGUGACAUCUGCUGUGUCUGCAUCAACUGCACUUGGACCCCAUUCAGCAAAUCCACCAAUGCCUCCUGAUACCAAGGCCUCAGACAUUGACCCUAGCUCCAGUACCUUAAGAAAAAUCUUAAUGGAACCUAAAUAUGUGUCUGCGUCAAACAGCAAUUCAAUACCUACCACUAUGGUGACUUCUGCACUGUCAAAUCCUACACGGCUGACAGAGAAUGAAAAUCCAUCUACUACACUGGGUUCAAGGCAGCGGCAUCCUGAAGAAAGGCCACCUUUACCUCCCCAACUUGCACAUCACAAACCUUCUCCUCUGACAGAGUUCCAGCAGAACUGUGGAGAGAAGACCCAGCAUACAAUCAUUUCAUCUCCCACUACCUCAGUAAUAAGUCGAAUUCCAAUGCCUUAUGACACAGAGGAAGCGCCACGAAUUUCUCUAAGCAACCGAAGCAUUGGUCUCUCUGUUGCCAAGCAAAAAUUUAGAUCAAACUCAAAUGAGAAUAGUCGUUACCAUGGAAUGGAUGUAGCAGAAGAUGGAUUGAGAGGGCGUUCUGUCGUUGAACCUACUCAUUAUAGUACAGGGUCCAGUCCUGGCCUUAGGGUAAAUACGUCUGAGGGUGUUGUUGUUUUGAGUUAUUCGGGUCAGAAAACAGAAGGACCUCAUAGAAUGAGAGCCAAAAUUAGCCAAAUUCCUCAGGCCAGUGCUGGUGACAUAGAAUUUCAGCAGUCUGUGUCUAAAUCUCAGAUUAAGCAAGACCCACUUGUUACAUCAUCCCAGUCCCCCACCCAAAAAGUAGUUCAGACUCCUACUUCAUAUGGGCACACUGGCGUUCUCUUGACUGGGCAGUCCUAUAACUCACAGCCUGUAAUUUCCAGUGCCAAGAAGGAUAGCCUUGGAUGUGACAAAACUGAAGCGCCAUAUCAUGCAGGAUCCCAGGGUGUGGUAAAAAUGUUUCACCAACCAGUUAGUACACCUCAAGUCUUGAUGUACAACCAAGCAGUGAUACAACAGCAUGGCAAAAGAGGCCUGGGGAUAGAACCGCUUGCAAAAAAGAUAGAUAUAGGUAAAGUGAGCCAGCAGUCUAAUCUUAGCCCAGUCAUGAGCCCACACCACCCAUCACUUUCUGGAACACGUAUGAGCCCCAGCCCGAGUAUCCCAACUGAUCGUUCUGCACUCCACCUCAAACAAGAACCCCAAUCUCCAUGUACGACUGUUCACUCUCCUUCGCCCUUUAUCAAAACCUGUCCUCCGAGCAGUUCUCCAAUAGGAACAUCUGUGGUUUUGGGUCAUGGUAUGCCACAGAUUUCAGCAUAUCAUUCUAGUAUACAUCAUCAACACACAGAGCAGUCUUCUGUCAUAAUGCAACCACACAGUGUCUCUCAAGCAAUGUCUCAUGAGGCCAGGAUGAACACUCCUCCUAUGUCAGGUAUUAACUAUGGGAGGCGAACUGAUUCCCUGCCAUCUCCACACCCGGGUCCUGCUCAGCACUCAAACACACCACAGUCCAAUGUCAUCAGAGACAUGGUACUGCAGUCUGUGAAUCCCCAGGGGUCAUCGAGUGGCGGAGGUAGUGAAGAAGACUCUCGACAUUUUGACCAAGCUCACAGUAGGCCUUCAGCACCCCAGCUUCAAACUGAUGUUUUGAUGAUGCACAGUGACCACAGAGGACACCACUCAAGCAUUCGUGUGGACCAGUACAGAGAUAUGCACCAACGCAUCCUGAUGCACCAGCAACUGGAAGAGCAGGCAGCUCUAGAAGUGAGACAAUCGCGCAUAUCAGAGACUGGAACAACAUCUUUGACAAACAUCCCUGGGCCUUCCAAGAGUCCUAUACUGGGAAAGAUCAUGGAACCUUCAUUGAAAGAGGCCAUCAAACCACAUGAAGGAAAGAUCAUACAUCCAUCCCCCAAUGAGAGUAGAAUUAGGGGAGUUCAUGCAUCUAGUCCUGUCGUGGUGUCCCCCCAUCCUCAUGGGGGUCAUCUUAUGCACUCAGGAGGUGCCAGUUCCUUUCCAGUGUAUCAGGAAUUGCAUGGCUUCUCUUCCCAGUUUUCAGGACACCAGUCAUCAGCACAGAACCUGACAAAUCAAGAGGUUGCAUCCUCACAGGUCUCUGUAGAACUUGAACUGGGACAUAGGGGUAAAUUGCCUCAGUCGCUUGGGGGAGGAAAUGAUUCCAAAACUGAGCUUGCCCAUCUUCGCCAUGCUACUGCCAAGGACUUUUCGCAUAUAUCCCGAAUAUCAGGGGACACAGUCUCACCUUCAUACCAGUCUCCCAUGACUUCACCCAUGACAUCUCCCAUGGGUCUUUCCCACAAGUCCGAUGUCUGUCUCCAGAAAGGGCCUCCAUCCUUCCCAACAACACCUCUGCCAGCAGCACCCCAAUCAGGAUCAGCACAGCCACGAUCUGAUGCAAAGCUGGAACAUUCCAGACAUCGUUCAUUUGACAUGGUGCAGCUUUUGACAAAAUAUCCAAUUGUAUGGCAAGGUUUAUUGGCACUGAAGAAUGACCAAGCUGCUGUCCAGUUGCACUUUGUCUCUGGUAACAACAUGUUGGCACAGCGCUCCUUGCCUCCUCCCGAGGGAGGUCCACUUCUUCGUAUUGUUCAGAGGAUGAGGCUCGAGACCUCCCAGUUGGACAGUGUGGCACGCAGAAUGACUGUAGAGAAUGACUACUGUUUACUACUGGCUCUACCUUGUGGCCGAGACCAAGAGGACGUCCUUGGUCAAACACAAGCUUUGAAAAGUGGUUUCAUCACCUACUUGCAAGCUAAACAGGCAGCUGGCAUUAUCAAUGUCCCCAACCCUGGCUCCAAUCAGCCAGCUUAUGUGGUGCAGAUAUUCCCCCCAUGUGAGUUCUCAGAGAGCCACCUGUCGCGCCUUGCCCCGGACCUCCUCAACAGCAUCUCCAGUAUUUCUCCUCAUCUCAUGAUUGUCAUUGCCUCGGUUUAAAUACCUCCAUUUUCCUUUUCUUCCUGAACAAAGCCAACACCAGCCCUUUUAGACUUAUCCAGUCUUGUGGACGGGAAUUGCCUCAUUUAUUUAUUUUUUUGUUGAAAUGAGUUUCAGUUUUGUAAAUUAAUUUAGCAUGCACUCACUUUAACUUCUUCUUCACCAAGUCCUUAAGUCACCCAAUGACAUCUUAAUUCCAAAAACUAUACCUUUUUUUGCAGAGGAUAUGAAAGGUGAAGUGGGAAUUUUUGAUAAUUGAAUCAUUUCAUCUUGGCCAUCCUUGGAAGUGUUGUGCAAAGCCUUCUCAAAUACAUAGCCUUUAUAAAGCUAUGGAUUGAGACCUUCCUAUGGAAUAUUUUUUUACCUUCAUACAAGUGAUUGUGAUUGUUUUGUUUGUCUUUUUUUUAAGAAACUGUGAUAAUGUCAUUGCACUAUAUUGAGGAAAAAUGUGUGAAAUCUGUACAGAUUUGAGUAUAAAAUGAUACUUGUUAUGGAAUUAUUAUCAUUAUUCUCAUGCUCAGCCUUGCUUGCACAAGACAAAUGAAAAUCAUUGCCUGGAAAGUGAUGAGUGAAUCAUUUCAUCCUGAUCAUUCACUGCUUUUGUCCAUCAUUUGCCAAUUUCUUAUCAUUUUCUGGACUCUACUUCCUAAAGUGUUCUCGACCCCAGGCAUUUAUGAGGGGACGAUUGACAUUUGUAUAGUUUACACUCAAUGCCUCAACAAGGGACUGUAUAAAGAAUAUUUAAUUUUUUUUCCAUUGUCUGAAAGCCUAACGGUAUUGUGGACAAUUGUGAAACUGUAAAUAUUACAAAUAUUUAAAGGGCAAAGCAAUGUGGAGAGACCAAGGGAAUUAUUUUACAAGACUGAUUGUCAAAGGGUGCUCUUUUUGUUUUUUCUCCAUUUUGGUCAAGGGGCACGGAUGAGAAUAUUGGGACCGAACUGUACAGGACCCAGGAGUGAUACUCACAAGAAGAAGAAGAAAAAUGUUUUUAAGGUCGAUUCUGUGCCAAAAAAUAUUUUGCAACUGCUAAACCCAAUGAGUGAAAACAAAACAACAAAAAACUAUUUUGAUAUGCAAGUUUGUAUUUUGCCAUUCAAAGGGCACACUUGAGUUCUUUCUUUUUAAAGUCAUAACACAAACUGUUUUACUACAGUUUUUUGUAAAUCAUUUUGAAAUUGUAUCUUCAGUUGUUUCUUUGAAAGGAGCCAUUGCAUUGUAAAGGUUAAGUUAUUGGUUCUACCCAUCCUUGAUGUUGUCCUCUACUGCCCCCUGUUGUCUGAAACUCACCAUGGGUUUGUGAUUUGACCGUUUCGUGAGGUUGGAUAAGAAAUAACUUCUUUUGAUGAGUUUUAGCAUGUUUUAUUUUCAAAUCAUCAAGGUUAAAGGCGAAUUGUAAAAGGCAAAGAAUGUGACUUGGAAUUGUGCCGCCAGUGGAUGUGUUGAUCACGUAUCCAUCCUUCCAGUGUGUCCUUGAGCCAAGCUGUAAAUACUCAUGUCCUUAAGCUGUGCUCUUGUGCAUUUCACCCUUAGAACUUACUUUCUUUUUUUUUUGCCAGGGUCCUUGUUUUUUGUUUUGUUCAACAGAACAAACCAGUCUGAAAGUGGCAGAAGAUAUGUGUAAAACCGAUGCUGAAAGUAAAAUCAUGCUUGUCAGUUUUGUGAUGUAAAUAUUUCUAAGGAUGCAAGCUGAAUCCUCUCUUGGUUAUGUUGAAGGCACUUAUAAUUUUUGAUAAACAAAUGAGUAAAAAAAUACAAAAAAGCUUAAAAUGUGAUUACUAUGAAAACUGUCUUUUGAUUUUCAGUUUGAGUGUAUUUUGCUGUUCCUCCAUGAGGACAUUUUAAAAUGUAAAAUAAAUGGUGGUUUAAAAGACUUGUAAAGACCAUUAAAUGUACAGUUGCUCUGG